AUGUUCGACUUUUCAGGUCCAAAUCCGGGUUCCGCCUGUGGCUUGUGUUGUGCUGGGCCAUGCUUUGACUCCUGCGCUCUCAACUUCCACCAUAUUACGCUACCCUAUUUAGGACUUCAGCUCCACAGAUUAGGAUGUCUUUCCGGUAUGGGGGCCCUAGGCGGUGGGGCUACACCUUGGACUCGAUCUACGAUCCCACGGAAGAGUAUGCCCGCACAAUUUUUGGUGGAAGCAAUAGGAUGUAAUCCAGAUUGGUAA